AUGGACUCCGCCCGGAGCUGGCUCCAGAAGCUGCAGAAGGACAAGGCCAGGCCGGGCGCGUCGCCCCUCGGCGCCGGGAUGGCCGGGGACGACGAGGACGAGCCGGUCCUCUCCAGCGCCACCAAGCAGAAGGUGGAGGCCGCCAAGCAGUGCAUCGAGAACCACUACAAGGCGCAGAUGAGGUCGCUCCAGGAGCGCAAGGAGAGGCGUUGGAUGCUGGAGAAGAAGCUUGCUGAUGCUGAUGUAUCUGAAGAGGAGCAAAACAAUAUCCUGAAGGAUUUAGAAAAAAAGGAGACAGAAUACAUGCGCCUAAGGAGGCACAAAAUGGGCGUUGAUGAUUUUGAAUUGCUGACCAUUAUUGGGAGAGGUGCUUUUGGGGAGGUGAGACUUUGUAGAGAAAAAGCUACAUCCAAUGUAUAUGCAAUGAAAAAGCUCAAGAAGUCUGAAAUGUUACGAAGAGGCCAGGUUGAGCAUGUGAGAGCUGAAAGGAACCUCCUUGCAGAAGUUGAUAGUGCUUAUAUAGUUAAGCUCUACUGCUCAUUCCAAGAUGACGAGUUUCUGUACCUUGUUAUGGAGUACCUUCCUGGUGGUGACAUGAUGACUCUGCUCAUGCGCAAGGAUACACUUACCGAGGACGAGUCUUCGUUUUAUGUUGCAGAGACAAUAUUAGCAAUUGAAUCCAUUCACAAGCAUAACUAUAUUCAUAGGGAUAUCAAGCCUGACAAUUUAUUGUUAGAUCGAACUGGCCAUCUGAAGCUUUCAGAUUUCGGCCUAUGCAAGCCUCUAGAUAGUAGCAGCUUCCCAAAUCUCACUGACCUUGACAGUGCAGCGGGAAAUAUCACCAAUCCAUCGGCAGAUGGUGAUAAGCCAUUAAGUAGCGCUGCUGUUCCCAGGCGAACACAACAGGAACAACUAUUGCAUUGGCAGAAGAAUCGCCGGAUGUUGGCUUAUUCAACUGUCGGUACACCUGAUUACAUUGCUCCGGAAGUCCUAUUGAAGAAGGGAUAUGGAAUGGAAUGUGACUGGUGGUCACUUGGGGCCAUUAUGUAUGAGAUGCUUGUGGGCUACCCACCAUUUUAUUCUGAAGAUCCAAUGUCAACAUGUAGGAAGAUAGUAAAUUGGAGAAGCCAUCUUAAAUUUCCUGAAGAGGCCAGACUUUCGCCAGAAGCUAAAGAUCUAAUUAAUAAGCUAUUAUGUAAUGUGGAUCAGAGACUUGGGAUGAAAGGAGCACAUGAGAUAAAGGCUCAUCCAUGGUUUAAAAGCGUUGAAUGGGAAAAGCUAUAUCAGAUGGAAGCAGCUUUCAUACCUGAAGUUAUUGAUGAGUUGGACACACAAAACUUUGAGAAUUUUGAGGAGGCUGCGCCUACCAUGCAAACUUCAUCAAAGGCAGGUCCUUGGAGAAAGAUGCUUUCCUCCAAGGACAUGAAUUUUGUCGGUUAUACUUACAAGAACUUUGAAAUAGUGAAUGAUCCUGAACUUCCAGGAAUAGCUGAAUUAAAGAAGAAGAACAACAAACCAAAGCGACCAACCAUCAAAUCAUUAUUUGAGUGUGCUGAAAGUGACGAUCAGCCUGAAGGCAGUCUUUUGGGCCCAUUGCCGCCUCAGCUAGAGUUGCCUGAGAGCCCCUCACCUCACUCCAGUAUCUCCUCCGAAGAUUCCCAAGCACAACACAGAUAA